GGGAUGGCAAGAUGGCGCUGCGUACGGCGAUUGGGUCUGUGUAUCGGCGCGUCUGUCAGGGCAUGAGAAAUUUUUCUGUGAACAGUUUUGAGAGCAGUACAGCCAAAAAUGAUGGCUUUCUUCUCAGUACCAACAUGAAAUGGGUACAGUUUUCAAAUCUACAUGUUGAUGUGCCUAAGGAUUUGACCAAACCUAUGGUAACCAUUUCUGAUGAACCAGACACAUUAUAUAAGCGCCUGUCAGUUUUAGUAAAAGGCCAUGAUAAGGCUGUAUUGGACAGUUAUGAAUAUUUUGCUGUGCUUGCUGCUAAAGAACUUGGUAUUUCUAUUAAAGUACACGAACCUCCAAGGAAAAUAGAACGAUUUACUCUUCUCAAAUCAGUGCAUAUUUUCAAGAAGCACAGAGUUCAGUAUGAAAUGAGAACACUUUACAGAUGUUUAGAGUUAGAACACCUAACUGGAAGUACGGCAGAUGUUUACUUGGAAUAUAUUCAGCGAAACUUACCUGAGGGGGUUGCCAUGGAAGUAACAAAGGUAUGA